AUGACUAUGGUAUGUUAUUACUAUUACACUUAAAGAAUGGCUUAUAAAGCAUAAUCAUUUGGUUUAAUAUAUUUUUUAUAUAAAAAAUGAGGACUGUAAUGAAAGUUUUGUUAAAAAUAUGUGAGAAAGUAGCCGAAAAACACAACCUUACAGCAUGUAAAAAAGAACAGAGUGUCGGAAAAUUUCCGAUAAGAAAUGUUGUUUACAUUGUAUGUCUACUUUCUGGAGGAUAUUUUGGAAGAAAAGCUGGUUUACCUCUCGGUAAAGUUGCAAUUAUAGUCGGAGCAGGUGGAUUAUUAACAAGUUUUAAAAUAGUUAAAUCUAUGAGAGCAACUGCGUCCAGAGUAUUACCACGUAGCAGACCAAUAAAAGAUUUAGUUCAAGAAAUGACCACUGCGCAGAAAAUAAAACUGGCAAGCAACGUAGCAAAUGUAAUAAAGAGUCAUACGAAUCUUAAUCUUUCUGAUGAAUCCCGCAUUAUGGACGCUCUAGAUAAAACAACUGAGCUGCUUAUUCUUAAUGAAAUGAUUACGGUCUUGGGGGAGGAUUGCUGCUUAGAUGUUUGUAUUUCCGAUAAGUAGACUAGUAAUCCAUUAGUCGAUACAAGAACUAGAAGUUCUCUUAUGCGUUCAUUUAGUAUGUUUAGAUCUUUAUUAUAAAAAUAUAAACUAUAUAAUAAUAUAUACAGUUGAGUCCAGGAUUCUUUACCCGUGCGUCAUCAUUUAAAGCAUACAAAAUAAGUCGGAAAUUUACUAAAUGCAACAGCAACUGACAGAAAGUGAUACGAUCACGGGAUCACUACUCCGAUCACGGGAUAUAGUACAAAAUUUGACGUUAUCAAAUAAAUAAAAUGUCAACUGUAAGUUUAAAAUUUUGGUGCAUAAUUACAGCUACAUUUGAAGUAGCUUAAUAAAUUAUUUUAAUAUCAUUGACUAAUAAAUAAAUAAACAAUUUAUAAAAAAAUUCAAUAACAUAUUUUCCUUUUGUUAUUUUAUUCACUUUGGCGGAAACUUAAACACACAAACAACCAUUCCUUAACUGUGCCAAUGAGGUUAUCUUUGUACGUUGUAAAAAUUAUCUAUUGCGUUGUAAAUCGCAAAAUAAAAUAGGUAUACUUACCAUAAAAUUUCAAACUCCAAUAUAAAAUUAGUUGUGAAAACAACUGUUUGUGUACUAUAAAAAAAACUUCAAAAUGCAGAAAUUCGACAAAAUAACAGUAAAAAAUUCAACAGACUGACAGCCACAAAAGUAAACAAUCCAGAAACGUCACAAAUUGUACUUAUAAAAUGUGAAAACAUCCACAAUCGUCUUUUUUGUACCUAUUUCUUUUCAAUGUACCUAUACUGAGCCUAGAGCGUUCACAAAAAUAACAUGUUGUUACUUAAUAACAGGCGGUAGCAGGUUUGUCAUUAGUUUCAUGCGUGGAAGAGAAUGAUGGUAGAUAAAAAGUAUGUGUUUUAUCUCAACAGAUAUUAAUGACGCACGGGUAAAGAAUCGUGGACUCGAGUGUAGUUUAUAUUUUUAUAAUAAAGACCUUAUUUUUAUAUUUUAUUUAGAAUAAACAAUUCUAAGAUAAUAUAA